AUGGCUUCCACCACGGCAGACAAGCCUCACGAAUGGAGCGCCCCUGUAGUGAGAGACACCUUUCUCAAGUACUUUGAGGAACGAGGCCAUACAUUUGUGAAAUCCUCUCCCGUAGUCCCUCUGUCGGACCCAACCCUCCUUUUCACAAAUGCCGGUAUGAACCAGUUCAAGCCGAUCUUCCUUGGUACCGUCGAUCCUACGAGCAAAGAAGGCCAAUACAAGCGUGCGGUCAAUUCUCAGAAAUGCAUACGUGCAGGCGGCAAGCACAAUGAUCUAGACGAUGUCGGCAAGGACAGCUACCACCACACAUUCUUCGAGAUGCUGGGCAACUGGUCUUUUGGUGACUAUUUCAAGAAAGAGGCUAUCACUUAUUCGUGGGAGCUACUCACAAAAGUCUUUGGCCUUGAGCCCGACAGAUUGUACGUCACAUACUUCGAAGGCAACAAAGCUGGCGGGCUGGAACCAGAUAUUGAGGCGAAAGAAAUCUGGAAGAGCGUUGGGGUCGCCGAGGACCACAUUUUGCCUGGCAACAUGAAAGACAACUUCUGGGAAAUGGGUGACCAGGGCCCUUGCGGCCCCUGUUCAGAAAUCCACUACGACCGGAUCGGUGGACGAAAUGCGGCACACUUGGUCAACCAGGAUGACCCCAAUGUGUUGGAAAUCUGGAACAACGUGUUCAUCCAGUACAACAGAGAGCCAGAUAAGAGCUUGCGAUCGUUACCAAACAAGCAUGUCGACACGGGUAUGGGCUUCGAGCGAUUGGUUAGUGUCUUGCAGAACAAGAUGUCGAACUACGACACGGACGUCUUCACCCCCAUUUUUGCGCGGAUCCAGGAGGUCACUGGCGCCAGACCAUAUUCUGGUAAAUUCGGCGAUGACGACACAGAUGGCAUCGACACUGCGUAUCGGGUUGUUGCUGAUCAUGUGCGCACCUUGACCUUUGCGAUCAGCGACGGUGGUAUUCCAAACAAUGAAGGACGGGGUUAUGUGGUCCGACGUGUGCUACGGCGUGGUGCGCGGUAUGCCCGAAAGUACUUCAAUGUCGAGAUUGGCGACUUCUUCGCUAAGAUCGUGCCGACUUUGGUGGAACAGAUGGGUGGCAUGUUCAAGGAGAUCGUUGCAAAGGAGGAGGAAGUUAAAGAAAUUCUCAACGAGGAAGAAAUGUCAUUCGCAAAGACGCUCGACCGAGGAGAACGACAGUUCGAGACAUACGCCCAAAAGAGCAAGAGUCAGGGGUUGAAGAGUCUUCACGGGGCUGAUGUGUGGCGUUUAUACGACACCUUUGGCUUCCCCGUGGAUCUCACGCGACUGAUGGCCGAGGAGAGAAAUCUUUCCAUUGACGACAACGAAUUCGAGGCAGCUAGAUUGCGUGCAAAAGAAGCCAGCAAGGGUGAGAAGAAGGCGGCCCUCGAUCUCCUCAAGCUCGAUGUCCACGAUCUGGGCGAACUCGAAAAGAUGCCUGGUGUAACCAAGACGGAUGAUAGUGCAAAGUACGGCCUGGAGAAUGUCACUGGUACUAUCCAGGCGAUUUACCAUGCUAAGAAGUUCCACCCUGACACGCAAUCCAUUCCUGAAGGCGACCAGAUUGGCAUCAUCCUCGACAAGACAUGCUUUUAUGCCGAACAAGGUGGUCAAGAGUACGACACCGGUCGGAUCGUCAUCGAUGGCCAGGCUGAACUCGAGGUUGAAAAUGUGCAACUGUAUGCCGGUUAUGUACUACAUACUGGCUACAUGAAGUACGGUCACUUCUCGGUCGGGCACAAAGCCAUCUGCGAAUAUGAUGAGCUGAGACGAUGGCCUAUCCGGAACAACCACACAGGCACACAUAUUCUCAACUUUGCUUUGCGAGAAGUCCUCGGGGACGGUAUUGAUCAAAGAGGGUCUCUUGUGGCUCAAGAGAAGCUUAGAUUCGAUUUCAGUCACAAGUCGGGCAUUUCAGACGCAGACUUGCAAAAGGUGGAAGAUGUUUCCACGGAGUAUAUUCGACAGAAUUGUCCGGUCUAUGCCAAGGACGUCCCUCUGGUCAUUGCGCGCGAGAUCGCCGGCGUCAGAGCCGUUUUCGGUGAGACCUACCCGGAUCCCGUACGGGUUGUUUCUGUUGGUGUCGAGGUCGAUGAUAUUCUGAAGAAUGUCAAAGAUGAGCGAUGGAAAACUGUCAGCAUCGAGUUCUGUGGUGGCACUCACGUCAAAGCCACUGCAGAUAUCAAAGACCUGGUCAUUCUCGAAGAGAGCGGCAUUGCCAAAGGCAUUCGACGUAUCAUUGCGGUUACUGGCGAGGAUGCUCAUGCAGUCCAGCGUGUGGCCAAAGAAUUCUCUGAGCGGAUGAAGAAACUUGAAGAGAUGCCCUUUGGUCCCCAGAAGGAGCAAGAGGCAAAGGCACUUCAGAUUGAACUCAACACCUUGUCGAUAUCGGCUGUCAAGAAAUCCCAGCUCCGUGAGCGAAUGAACAAAGUCAGCAAAGAACUCCUGGAUCAACAAAAGAAGAUGCAGAAAGAGGAACUGAAGAAAGCAACCGACACAAUCACGGAGUAUUUUGAGAAGAACAAAGAUGCCAAGGCUGCCGUACUGAGGUUACCGGUGGGCGGAAAUCCCAAGCUCGUGCCAGAUGUGGUGAAACAUGUUCAAACCAAGUUGAAAGACAAGAGUGUCUACAUUAUUAUUGCAGAUGCAUCCGAUCCUGAUGGGAAGGUGUUUCACGGGUGUUUCGUCAGUCCAGAUGGUGUCAAAGCCGGUAUCACAUCUGCAGACUGGUCAAGUCAAGUGUCGAACCUUGUUGGCGGCAAAGCUGGUGGAAAGGCGCCUGUUGCUAUUGGUACUGGUACUGAUCAGGGCAAGGUCGAUGACGCUGUCGAGGCUGCUAGGAAGUAUCUGGAGAAAUUCACGCUGUGA